CUUCAGUUUCCCUUUCUUUUGGCAAUGGAGUUCACUAAGAAACGACUUUUGAAGCUAAAUACCAGAUUAACUGGAGAUAGGAAGAAUGAACAUUACCCAUUCAGUCUGCAGUUUUACCAGGUUCCACCUACUGAAAACAUUUCCCUUUCAGAGUUUGAGACCUUUGCUAUUGAACGUCUUAAACUUCUCAAAUCCAUAGAAAACAUCGGUGUUAGUUAUGUGAAGGGUUCACUAGACCACAAUGCGAAGCUGGAAAGUGAACUUAGAAAACUCAAGUUUCCAUAUCGACCUCCACAGAAUGACAUCAGUGAUGACGUCUAUGACCAACGGAGAAAAGAUCAUAUAUCGCAUUUUAUUCUACGCCUCGCAUACUGCCAGUCUGAAGACCUAAGACGAUGGUUUAUUCAGCAGGAAAUGGACCUGUUUAGGUUCCGCUUCAAUCAGUUACCGAAGGAGAAGGUCCAAGAAUUUCUCAAGUACAAUGGUCUAGAAUAUCUUGCUAUUACUGAGGAAGAGAAGAAGCAGCAUCAGGGUGAUCUGAUUAGCUCAACUUAUAGUUUAAGUUCACCUAAACUAGAAGAGUUUGAGUUUUACAAGGUUCGAUUCCAGGAUGCUCUGGAUUUAGUGCGACCAAGAAAAGUGUUCCUCUCACAAGGAUUUGCAUAUAUUCCACAAAACGAAAUUGUCACCCUCAUCCUUAAUGACUUCAGAACAGGAUUAUCUAAAGCUCUGGCUUUGUCAGCUCGCUCACUUCCAGUGGUACAAUCGGAUGAAAGACUGCAGCCUUUACUUAGUCACCUCAGCCAUUCGUACAUUGGUCAAGAUUUCAGUUCACAAAGAAACACUGGGAAAAUUUCACUUGACCAAAUUGAUGCACUCUCCACAAAGUCAUUUCCUCUCUGCAUGCGUCAACUUCACAAGUCUUUGAGAGAGCACCAUCAUCUACGUCACGGUGGCCGCAUGCAGUAUGGCCUUUUCCUCAAGGGUAUUGGCUUAUCACUGGAGCAGGCCCUCCAGUUCUGGAAGCUGGAAUUUACAAAGGGAAAAGUUGACUCUGAUAAG